AGUUGCAUUCGACUACAGAGAAAGAAUAUGGCAGUAGGAAGCAUUUGUGCGGCAUUUUUUCUUGCCUGCACUGGCCUUUGCACCGCUAAACCGCAGGAGUUCGUGUUCCUGGAAAGCAGUCACGAUGUGGAAGCUUGGCGAGAGGAGAGUUGGGAGAAAGUUGAACGACUUUCCCCAUCGGAAGAUGUUUUUCUUACCUUCGCCCUCAAGCAAAGAAACUUAGAAUCGCUCGAGCGACAUUUCUGGAAGGUCUCCGAUCCCAGAUCUUCUGAAUAUGGCAAACACUUGUCGUUAUCCAACCUGACGCAGCUUAUAUCACCAUCUGAGGCAACUACUUCUGCAAUCAACGCAUGGCUAAGAAGACAUGGCAUUCGUCAAAGCGACUGCACGACUACUCUCACCGGAGAUUUCUUGACCUGCCGAAUGUCUUGUGCAGCUGCAGAGUCCCUUCUUGUUGGGGCGAAAUUUCACCGUUUCAGACAUCCAAAACUAACACGGCCAGUGAUUCGCUCGACUCAUCUGUACAGUGUCUCGAAGAUAGUGUCUCCCCAUUUGGAUUUCGUAGGCGGGGUGCUUCAUUUUCCGGCGGUGAAUGGUCCAUCCUCACCCAGAGUAAAUGAGUACGCGUUCUUCGAGACCGAGACCAAACCAUCGGUUAGCGGCCAGGUACACAUCGGCGUCUACCCAAGUGUUUUACGAGAGCGUUAUAAUGUUUCUGAUGUCGUUGGCACCCAUCCCAAAAACUUACAAUCUGUAGCACAAUUUCUGGAACAGUACUACAGUCCCUCUGAUUUGAAGGAAUUCUUAGCUUUGUGGGGUGGUUCUUUCAAGCAUCUGGAAGAAAUGGCCAAAGUUAUUGGGCCUAAUAGUGGUCGCUCUGGCAUUGAAGCCAGUCUGGACACCCAAUACAUCAUGAGUCUUGGUGCAAUGGUGCCUACUUGGUUCUGGAGCACUGGUGGGCGACAUGAGUCGCAAGAGCCCUUCCUGGAAUGGCUCAUGGAUAUCAGUAAUCGCACAGAGGUACCCUGGGUGCAUAGUGUCAGCUACAGUGAUAAUGAAGACACACUCGAUGUCACCUACAUGAACAGAAUUAAUGUUGAGUUCCAGAAGGCUGGUGUCCGAGGACUCACCUUCCUCUUUGCCAGCGGAGACAAUGGUGCUGGCUGCAAGAAGAAGAAGUUUCGUCCCAUGUUUCCAUCGUCGUCCCCUUAUGUUACCACCGUUGGUGGAACAGCAUUCAAUGAUCCUUUCACUGUGUCUGGUGAAUAUGCCUACGAUAUAAGUGGUGGUGGAUUCAGUAAUGUAUUUGAUCGGCCCUCUUACCAAACUGAUGUUGUGGAGAAUUACCUUAAGACCGGGCCACACAUCCCUGCAGCAUCUUACUUUAAUCAAACUGGACGGGGUUUCCCUGACAUUGCAGCUAUAUGCAAUCACUUUUGGAUUGUCAACAAUAGAAUUCCCGUUCCAGGGGUCAUGGGAACAUCAGCUUCAACACCAACUGUGGCUGGUAUCAUUUCAUUGGUGAAUGAUGCACGUUUCCAACGAGGGAAAUCUUCCCUAGGAUUUUUGAAUCCUUUCCUGUAUCAGAAUGCUGCAGCAAUGUAUGAUGUUACAACAGGCAAUAACAAGGGUUGUCUUGAGGGAGACACUGGAUUCUAUGCUGCGACUGGUUGGGAUCCUGUGACAGGCUCAGGUAGUCCAAACUUCCCUGAGUUGGUCAAGGCUGCUCUAAGUAAUCAAUGAAAUUUUUUUAAAAAACAAUCUAUCAUUAACUAACCAGAAACACUGGGAUGCCAGGGGAUUGAAACAAAUGCUGAAAAAUAGGGUUUUUAGAGAUAACACUUUGUAUCUUGUCACUCUCGCACCAAAAAAAAUUGUGGUACAAAUGUUACAAUUUUGUAGGUGCUUAUUGUUGAUAAGAGUUUUUGUGUCAAAAUUUUUUUCAUAAUUAAAAGUCAAUGUUGAAACUGCA